AUGUCUUCUGAGGCUCCACCCCCACUGCGUGAGCGUAUGCUCGGCUUACUUGAUCCGAGUGGUUUGAUGGCUAUGGCUAUACCUCAUUACAUUCAUGUCUGCAUCGAAGCUAUCAAGCGUGGCGAGGUUCUCGCUCCCAUCACGCAGACCACUAGACUCCGCGACGAAGCCUUUGCUCGGUUCUGGAUUGCAUUCUCUAAUUUCCUAGAAAAGAAUGCUCCGCCCCCAGUUCCCGGCGUCGAGCCAGAACUCAAGGGCUCCUCAGCUCUAAUCCCACCACUCCUCAAAACCGCCUCAGGCAUUGUCCUCGACAUCGGUCCCGGCACAGGCAGUCAAAUGCACCUCCUUCGCUCCCCGGCUAUAACGGCCAUCUACGGCCCAGAGCCCUGCGUCGGGCUACACGGAGACCUCCACUCCAAAGCCGUAGCCGAGGGCCUCGAAUCAAAGUACCACAUUCUCAAAUGCGGUGCUGCAUCAGCCGAACUCAUCCCCGCACUCGAAGCUACCAGUACAGGCGUCGUUGAUGCCCACAAGGUAAAUGGGAGCGGGAUCUUUGAUACGAUCAUCUGCGUUCGUGUGUUGUGCUCUGUUCCGCAGAUGGAGAAGACGAUUCGUGAGCUUUAUGCGCUGUUGAAGCCUGGUGGCCGCGUGCUUGUUACGGAGCAUGUGGUUAAUCCGUGGCGGACGGCGAAGGGGUCGGUUCUUGCGCGGGUUGCGCAGGGGGUUUAUCAGUUGCUUGGGUGGAGCUUUUUUAUUGGGGAUUGUUGUAUGGAUCGGGAUACGGAGGGGGCGUUGAGGAAGGCUGCUGAUGUGGAUGGGGGGUGGGAGAGUGUUGAGAUUGAGAGGUCGUUUGGGUGGUCGCCUUUGCCGUAUAUCUCGGGUGUGCUGGUGAAGAAGAGUAACUAG